ACAGAUGAUAACAGAAGCGAGUGGCGCUCUAGUUCUCAGAGCUGCCUGGUGUAAGCUGCAGCGCAGGAGGGCAGAAAGAAUGACUCUUACGAAAAUAAGCUCCAUUUUGGGGCUUUUAGGAGUUCUAAUCUUACUCUCCGAGACGCGACAGGCCGAGGCGCAGCACUGUAUCUGGUAUGGAGAAUGCGGCAACUCGACUCUCCUCCCAGACAAGAAAUAUAACUGUAACUACACCGGACCUCCUAAACCCCUGCCUAAAGAAGGACAAGAUCUCUUAUUGGAACUGUGCCCAGGUUUGGCCUACGGUGACCAGAAGGUCUGCUGCGACACUCAGCAACUCCGUACACUCAAAGGCAACAUCCAGAUCCCUCUACAAUACCUGUCCAGGUGUCCAGCAUGUUUCUUCAACUUCAUGACCCUGUUCUGCGAGCUGACCUGCGGCCCAUGGCAGAGCGAGUUCCUCAACGCCACCCAGUUCUCGGCCGACCCCGUCGACAACAGCACCAACGUCGUCGAGCUCUCGUACUACAUCAGCCAGGACUUCGCUAACGCUAUGUAUAAUGCGUGUGCGGACGUCCAGGCUCCAUCCAGCAACGUCAAGGCUCUUAGUUUGCUGUGUGGCCGAGACGCCAGUAUCUGCACCCCCACUAACUGGAUCCAGUACAUGUUUGACACCAACAACGGCCAGGUUCCCUUCUCCAUCGAUCCCGUCUUCUCAGGUGCUCCGCCUUCUGGCAUGUCCUUCAUGAACAACCACACGUUUGGCUGCACCGAGUCUCUGGACGACGGCUCGGCGCCGUGCUCCUGUCAGGACUGCAGUGCAGCCUGCGGACCCGCGCCCGUCCCUCCGCCCAUCCCUCCUCCGUGGACCAUUUUUGGCUACGACGCCAUGUGCGUCAUCAUGUGGCUCUCCUACGUGGCCUUUCUCCUAGUCUUCAUCGGCAUGCUGGUUUUGGCCUGGUGCUUCAGGAAAAGGGACAUCACGUCGGAGUACGGCCCCAUCCAAGACGACCCUCUUUCCCUGAACAAAGACCCCGUCAGAUCACCGAGUGACGUGACGUGUUGCGAGUCUUUAGGCGAGCGCUUCGAGAGUUUCCUCCGUCAGGUCUUCAGCUGCUGGGGCUCGUUCUGUGUGCGCUGUCCUCUGCUGGUGAUCACCGUGAGCGUCGUGUUCGUGGUCAUCUGCUGCCUGGGUUUGAGAAACAUGAGCAUCACCAGCGACCCGGUGGAGCUGUGGUCGGCCCCGCGCAGCCGCGCCAGGUUGGAGAAGCAGUACUUCGACGAGCACUUCGGCCCGUUCUUCCGCACCGAGCAGCUCAUCAUCACCACGCCGUGGACCAACUGGUUCAAGUUCGAGGGCCAGACCGGCGACAUCCUUUUUGCUCCCAUCCUGAACAUAUCUCUGCUCCAUCAGAUUCUGGAUCUCCAGACCGCCAUUGAGCACCUGGAGGCCGACUAUAACGGAGAGAAGGUGACCCUGAAGGACAUCUGCCUAUCUCCACUGGCUCCUUACAACAACAACUGCACCAUUCUGAGCGUGCUCAAUUACUUCCAGAACAGCCACGAAGUUCUGGACCACAUCUACCGUGACAAGUUUUAUGUGUACUUUGAUUAUCACACGCACUUCAUGUACUGUGUGAGUUCCCCAGUAGCCCUGGAUGACACAGGGUAUUUCCACGACCCCUGCAUGGGCACCUUUGGCGGUCCUGUCUUCCCCUGGCUGGUCCUCGGUGGUUACAAAGGAACAGCAUACAACAACGCCACUGCUCUAGUGAUCACCUUCCCUGUGAAUAACUACCUCAAUGAUACAGAUAAGCUGGGCCGAGCUCUCGCUUGGGAGAAAGAAUUCGUUACCUUUUUGAAAAACUACAGCAACCCCGACCUCACAAUCUCCUUCAACUCAGAGCGCAGCAUCGAGGACGAGAUCAACCGAGAGAGCAACAGCGACGUCUGCACCGUACUGAUCAGCUACGCCACCAUGUUCAUCUACAUCUCCCUGGCUCUGGGCCACAUCAGGAGCUUCCACAGCCUGCUGGUGGACUCGAAGAUCUCUCUGGGAAUCGCAGGCAUCCUGAUCGUCCUAAGCUCAGUUGCAUGCUCUCUGGGAAUCUUCAGCUACGCCGGCAUCCCCCUCACCCUCAUCGUUAUCGAGGUCAUACCCUUCCUCGUGCUGGCUGUAGGAGUGGACAACAUCUUCAUCAUCGUGCAGACCUUCCAGAGAGACGAGCGGUUGGAGCAUGAGGAGCUGCAUCAGCAGAUCGGCCGUAUCCUGGGGGACAUCGCUCCCAGCAUAUUCCUGUCCUCUCUAUCUGAGACCGUGGCUUUUUUCUUAGGAGCUCUGUCCCACAUGCCGGCCGUGAGGACGUUCUCUCUGUUUGCAGGCUUGGCUGUCUUUAUUGACUUCCUGUUGCAGAUCAGCUGCUUUGUCUCCUUGCUCGGUUUGGACAUCAAGAGGCAAGAGAGAAAUCGACUGGACAUCCUGUGCUGCAUCAAGCUGCCUGACAGGCAGGAAGAGAAUAAGGACGGCAUCCUCUAUCGCUUCUUUAAGAAAAUCUAUGCUCCCUUUAUUCUGAAGGAUUGGGUGCGCCCCCUGGUGGUGGCUGUGUUCGUGGGAAUGCUCUCGUUCAGCAUAGCCGUCACUGACAAAGUAGACAUUGGACUCGACCAACAGCUGUCCAUGCCAGAUGACUCGUUCGUCUUGCACUACUUCGGAAACCUGACUAAAUACUUGCAUACGGGGCCUCCUGUCUACUUCGUGGUGAAGGACGGUCACGAUUACCGCACCUCGAAGGGACAGAACCAAAUGUGUGGAGGCGUGGGCUGCAACAAUGACUCGCUCGUGCAGCAAAUCUACACUUCGUCACUGAUUAGUGACUACUCGAAGAUAAGCACGACCCCCUCCUCGUGGUUGGACGACUACUUUGACUGGGUGAAACCGCAGUCCUCCUGCUGCCGAUACUACAACUCUACUGGAGCCUUUUGCAACGCCUCAGUGGUGGAUCCAUCCUGCGUGCACUGCAGGCCUUCAACUCCCAGUGGCAAACUGAGACCUAACGGCACUGACUUCAUGAGGUUCCUGCCAAUGUUCCUGUCUGAUAACCCCAACAUCAAGUGUGGCAAAGGUGGUCAUGCCGCCUACAGCACUGCUGUAGUGCUGAAGGACAACAACACCAACGUGGGAGCCACUUAUUUCAUGAGCUACCACACCAUCCUGAAGACGUCUGCGGACAACAUCGACGCCAUGAAGAUGGCCCGAGAGCUGGCCAAAAACAUCUCACUCUCCAUGGGGAUGGACAACAAGACGGACAGCGUGUUUCCUUACAGCGUGUUCUACGUGUUCUACGAGCAGUACCUCACCAUCGCCCACGACACAGCGCUGAACCUCUGCGUGUCUCUGGCGGCCAUCUUCAUGGUCAGCACCGUGCUGCUGGGCUUCGAGCUCUGGUCGGCCGUCCUGGUCUCGCUCACGAUCGCUAUGAUCCUGGUCAACAUGUUCGGGGUCAUGUGGCUGUGGGGCAUCAGCCUCAACGCUGUGUCACUCGUGAACCUCGUCAUGAGCUGUGGUAUAUCGGUGGAGUUCUGCAGUCACAUCGUGAGGGCGUUCUCCAUCAGUACCAAGGCCACGCGGGUGGAGAGAGCUGAAGAGGCCCUGGCACACAUGGGCAGCUCUGUCUUCAGCGGCAUCACGUUAACCAAAUUUGGCGGAAUCAUCGUCCUGGCUUUCUCCAAGUCCCAGAUCUUUCAGGUCUUCUACUUUCGCAUGUAUUUAGCCAUAGUGCUGCUGGGAGCGGCUCACGGCCUCAUCUUCCUGCCAGUGCUCCUGAGUUACGCAGGUCCGUCUGUUAAUAAAGCUAAGGUGUUGGCAACACGGAGCAGGAUGACCGGGACAGAGCGCGAGUAUCUGCUCAACAACUGACCGCACCGAGGAAGCUGAACCAUCCAUCCACAAGGGACUGUGUGGUACAAAGGCUUUCACAAACACACUAACACAUGCACACACCCGCCUCAACUAAGAGACCCUAACUCAGGACCCCUGCUUGGGAGGGGACACAUACACACACACACACACACACACACACACACACACAAACGCGCGCACACAGAGCAGCUUGGGUGAUUUAUGGAUGUUUUUUUUCACACUGGGAUGAAAAAGGACUCGCGACUGAAUCUGUGUUCAAGCUAGUUUAAAAACACGAAGAUUUUCUGUAACAGGAUGCAACUGAUCUGUGUAUUUAUUUAGUGUUACAGCCUGACUUCAUUAAGGGAAGAUGUCAUGUUCAGUUACACAACUAACAGGAAGGUAGAGUCGUGUUUGUUUUUUUUGAAUGAAGCAUUAUUCUGAUGCUUUAAAGCACACAGCACCGAUGGUUAACUGGUUUAAUUUAUGGGAUUGAUAUACAGAUGAUUCUCACAGGAACUACUUCGGGUGACUCACCUGACUGACUGAGCAUUAUUACUCUACAAAGAAACAAGGUAACAUGGCAGGAAAUGGGUUGCUAAAAACCUCAUGCGGUACGUUUGCACUGCACCAAGAUGGACCUCAGAUCAGGAUUUGGCCGUUCUAUGAAGGGUAUUUUUUUUUGUUAAUUUUUUGUUUGUUUGUUUAAUUUUUUCCCACUGUUUUUUUUUUUUUUUUACGCCAUUUGAAAUUAAUUUAAAUGAAGUUUUUUUUAUGUAAUUCUUUUUUUGGGGGCACUAUAUUUUUUUUUAUUUUUUUUAUUUUUUUUUUUAUUUAUUAUUAUUAUGUUAAUAAAAAAGUUUUUCA